AGUAGAUAAUAAAAUCAUGUAGAAGAGAGAAGUAUUAUAAGAAAUUAUACCUUAUCUUCCUAUUGCUUCGAGAAACCCACAUUUCAAGCCAUUCCAGCCUUCAACCUACACCUUGUCUGUAGACCUAGAAUCUAAUUCCACAAAAGUGUCCCUAUAAUGGGGUUUUCUCCUGUUUUCAUCCUCUUUUUCCUCUGCAUUUCAUUCCAUCCAGUAUAUGGCAACUCAGAUUUGAUCCAAAAGACUUGCAAAAACACAAAAUACUAUGAUCUUUGCAUAUCAUCACUCAAAUCUGAUUCCACCAGCUCAAAAUCAGACACAAAGGGAUUGGCGGUUAUUAUGGUUAAAGUUGGAAUUUCAAAUGCAACUGCCACAAAUUCUUACCUUUCUACUCAACUUUCAACCUCUACAAAUGACACAUUGAUGAAGAAAGUCAUGAAGGAAUGUGCACAAAAGUAUGCUUUUGCAAGUGAUUCACUUCGGAAUUCAGUUCAAGAUUUGGGUGCUGAAUUGUAUGAUUAUGCUUACAUGCACGUUAUGGCUGCUGCUGAUUAUCCAAAUGCCUGUAAAAAUGCAUUUAAGAGGUAUUCUGGAUUGGUUUAUCCACCGGAAAUUGCUGUUAGAGAAGAGGGUUUGAAGCAUAUUUGUGAUGUGGUUAUGAGUAUUAUUGAAAAUCUUCUAGCAAUGAACUGACUCCAGUGGUGAAUGGUCGGCCCCAAAUUUAUUGAAAACAAGGUAAUGUACUGAUCAAAGAUUCGAAGCAGCGAAAAAUCGAUCCGAAGUCUAUCAGUAACAAGGCUUAAUUUGUUGUGUGUGUGUUUGUGGGUGUGUGUUUUUUUUUUUUUUUUAAAUGUGUGUGUGUAAAGAUGGACUUAUAUUUUAUUGAUUCGUCAAGUUUCACCUCUGGAUUUGAAUGAAGUUAAUGAAUAAUGUAACGCAUUUUCAUUUUGUCCACAA